ACUGUCGGACUGCUGGUUCUUCGACUUGCUGCAGCUGCAGUGGCACUCCCGAAAGGAGCUGUGGCUGCUGCCUCCUUCUUUUUGGAUGAUUGAAGGGUCUCAGACAAAUGCUCCGGGGCAUGCGCUGCACUCUGCUUCUCUGUGGUGCAGCAGCAGCAGCAGCAGCAGCAGCGGCCCCAAGCCUGCUGCUGUCGUCCCUGCAAAGCAGCAGCACAAGCAGGCGCCGCAGCAGCAGCGGCUAGACCACGACGCUGCAAAGCGCAAGUUUGCUGCUGCAGCAGAAGCAGCCCCUGAGGGGGGAUCCAUUAUUAUCUUUGGGGGCGUCCGCAGCAGCAGCAGCAGCAGCAGCAACAGCAGCAACGAGGCCUACUUAACAAACGAAGUCUUCAGGCUCUACCCAGAAGAAAGGGUUUGGCGCCGCCUCACCACAAAAGGGUCUUCUCCAGAGCCGCGCAUGCGGCACUCUGCAGGUGUUUUUAGGGAUUCUUUAUUUGUCUAUGGGGGCCGAAAUGCCCAAGGAGAUGCAUGCGCCGAUUGUGUGUACCAGCUGGAUCUGGUGACGAUGAGUUGGGCCUUUGCCUCUGUGGCUUCGUCAGGACCGGAUGCCUUCGAGCUCUCCGCAUGCACUGUGGCCUUGGGAAGUCUUGUAGUGCUAGGGGGUCGGUGCCUUGACAGCAGCCUUUCGAAUUCUGUCUUUUGUUUUCCUUUGGGGCGCCCAGAGGCCCCGAAGCGCAAAUCCACAGUACCCAGGCUGCAGAAAAACUGA